UCUCCCGUGACUUGUCUCCCUUCCUACUGCCUCGUUUGCCUCGCCGCCGUCCUCCGCCGCGUGCCGCCGCCGCCGCCGAGGUCUCCCCGCCGCCGGCGAAGAUGAUGAAGGAGAAGAUGAAGGAUCUCAUGAAGAAGGUCACCUCCGGGUCCUCCUCGGCCUCGUCCUUCAAGGGCACCGCCCACGUCCUCGGCUCCGGCCCGAGCCCCUCCUCCUCCUCCUCCUCCUCACGCCCCUCGAACCCUAGCCCUAGUAGGCCUGCGCCGCCCAGGCCAGGCCCCAGGCGGGAGGCCGCCGGCACCGCGAGGCCGUCCUCCGGCUUCGCCCCCUACUCGCCGCUCAUCUCCACCUCCUCCCGACGCACCGACCCUCCCGCGGCGGGGGCGGGGGAGGGGGAGGACGCCGCCGUGGCGUGCCCCAGCUGCGCCGAGGCGUUCCCCUCCGAGGUCGCGCUGUCGGACCACCUCGACGGGUGCCUCGCUGCGGCGGGGGGAGCACGGCGCCGCGCGGCCGCGUACCUGGCCGGCGAGCCCCCCGCGGCCGCCGUGGAGGUGGUGAAGCGGCUGCUCGGGAACCUGCUCGCCGACGCCGGGAACGACAAGUACAGGAGGAUCAGGCUCGGGAACCCGAGAAUCAAGGAGGCCGUGGCGGACAGGGAAGGCGGGCUGGAUCUCCUCGAGGCGGUGGGGUUCAGGGUCGUCGACGAGGGCGGGGAGCUCUUCGCCCUCAUGGACGAGGUGCCCGGGGACGCGAGGCUCGGCGGGAUCAGGCAGGCCGUACUGCUGCUCGAGAAGGCCCAUCCUUCGACGCCGCAGCAGCCGCAGGCAGAUGCCAAGGAGAGUUGCCCCAAUGGAGUUAGCGAACAGCACGAGAUCAAGAAGCCGGUUGAUCGCCAGAUUCGGGUGUUCUUCUCUGUUUCUGAAAGCUCUGCUGCAGAAAAUGAUCUACCGGAUUCUUUCUACAGCCUUAGUAAUGAGGAGAUAAGGAGUGAGGCAAAGAUGAGGAGGGAGAGGCUAGAACAAUCUCGGUUGCUGAUUCCAAAGUCAUAUAAGGAGAAGCAGGCACUGGCUGCCCGACAGAAGUAUAAACAGGCUCUGAUUCGAAUUCAGUUUCCUGAUGGAGUAAUUCUUCAGGGCAUGUUCCUUCCUGCGGAACCCAUCAGUUCACUGUAUGAGUUUACAGCAUCUGCUUUGAAGCAGCCAAGUUUAGAAUUCGAUCUUAUCUGUCCAGCUGGCCCUAAGACGCGCAUCAUAUCUCCUUUCCCAAAACCAGGAGAGCGGGCACGCACACUGCUGGAAGAAGACCUAGUCCCUUCUGCUCGGCUCACCUUCAAGCCCAAAGAAACCGAUUCGGUUCCGUUCACUGGUCUGCUGGACGAGCUUCUUGUGGCCAGCGAGCCGUUUACAUCUGCAUCCUCAUAAUAAACGUUGAAUACUACUGGAAAUUACUUUGGGCCUGCUGACUUCAAUUGUGUAAAACAAAUAUCUGAAUGUUCUGUUACAUAGCUGUAAUUGACACAGGGCUAUUGUAGGCUGGGUACCUGAUAGCUGAUACAGGAUAUGUAAUUGCUUGGCAAUUGCCAGGUGCCAACUGCCAAACCAUACGGUAAAAGGGCCAAUAAUUUAAUCAGGCCUACAUUCUUCUGUAUUCUUGAGCGAUGAGUGGGCUUUGCUAUGUACAAAUACAAUACAUGGAAACAUCUCUUCGGUUGCAUGUUUGUUGUUGUGAUUCUCAAUAUGGUUGCUUCUGGUAAGUCAAUAUAAAAAUAUAUACAAUUCUUUGGU